AAACAAACUUUAUCAUCUAUAUCUAUAAGUGCGAUUAAUACCUAAUUGGUAUUAAUACCUAAUUCUAUUUCCUACAGAUAUCCUAAAAGUGGACAUAGCUUAGCAUUUUAUUUUAUUCAUCAACCCAACGAUCUUUGAAAAUUAUUGUCUCAAAAGAAGCAUUGUUUAAAAAUAUUAUACCGAUGCUCAAGAAUUGUUUCGCCGUUUACGUGAAAAAUUCACAUUAAUUACGGAAAUAAUGCGUCUACACUUGUUACAGUAUAAACUGAUUAGUAGUGAUAAAAAUCUGGUUACAUUAUCAAUAAAAGGAAAAUUAUAAAAGAUAUCGCACAAAUUAGUUAGCGGUCAUUUUCGAAUAAUUCCUAUAGAAAUGGCCAAAUUCUUGUAUUUGUUUGCUCUUGCAGCGGCUAUUGCUCAAGCUUCGGCCGUAACAGAGAUCACCAUACCAGACAUAUCCUUUAAUUUUUUAACAAAUGACCUCAUCGGAAAAUCCUUGUCCAUCCCCAAGUCCUUCUUGGACACUUUGGUAUCGUGCCAUGUCAUAUUCCCUAACCGUGUAAUGUACGAAGCUUUCCCUAACAACAAUUUGCCUGCCGGUAAUAUAUUCUUCCUGGAAGCAGUUCAACCCUUCACCAGCUGUGCGAUUGGUUUCCGUGGAGCUGCUGUAUCUUUGAGCGGAACCUAUGAGCUCAGGUCAUUGGUCACACAUGUGGCUGAUAACAGCCGGUCGCUCACGAGGCAGAGAUUCCAUUUGACUCUCCAGGAGAUUAAGCCUAGGAAUUCUCAGAUCGUCGAAGAAUCUGAAAAGGCCUAAGCUAAUGGAAUUUUUUUAAUAAGGUGCCUCCUUUUAUCCUGUGAGAAAUAUUGUUCAUAAUGUGAAUUAAUGAAAGUGCUUAAUGAUUAAUAUUGAAUAAUAUUGAACGUGAAAAAUAA